AUGGAAAAAGAUAGGCAUGCAGAUGCACAUCAUCAUCGACAUCUCUGCUUCUCUCGAGCUGAGACUUACCAUCCGCUAUGCCCACUUAACAGAGUUCUAGAAGGUCUGCGAAGGCUUGUUCUGUUUGCAUGGAACAAACCAUUGGUCGGCCCUCGAGGCUUCAAGCCAGCGGUGAACCAAGUCCCAAUAGAUUCUCGAACAGACGGUUGGCUUGAACAACUGUCUUGGAUGGAGGACCCGGACUUGUUGAUGUCUGCUAGGAGGUUCAUUUCUCCAACUGUCACUGCCGAUCACUUACAUUCCUCUUGGAGAGUGCAAGCCCGGGAGCUCACAUAUGUCUCUAGCUCAUCGAGGCCUCCUUCGUUCCACCACCCAUCUGGAGUUACCCAAGGCCAGGAUCACGACGCAAUACCACCGGGCCAGAUGCCUGCUGACGAUGACGUCUUGGCUCUGCAGGCCGGUCGCCAUCUGUCUCUGUUCGACGGCGAGCUCAUGCCAUCCAAGAGCAUAGAGCCAUCGAUCCGAAGGCUAGAUGAGACUGGCUCGGCGAGGCGGAUAUUUGAGAGGUCUCAGACCAACGGGAAGCCGCAGCUCGCUCUUGUAUCACCAGAAGCUGCUUUUCCGCCAGCUAAUUGUUUCCAUCGGACCUCAGGGGAGGCCAAGCUAGGAAUCUCGGUUUUGGAAAGGGAAAGGAAAGGAACCGGCCUCGAUUGUCUCACAUCCACAACAACCGAUGAGUGCCAGACGAGCAUCUUCCACGCGGGUUUCUGUGCCGGGGCCCCACGAUUCUGUGGCGCACCAGCCCUCUGCGGGGAGAAGCGCAGCGGCUUGGUAUCGGCAUUUGGUAGACAAUGGAGAAGGAUUCCGGCCGAACGGUACGUAGCGGCAGCCAGGGGCGAUGGGGAAGUAACAACAGCGUUUCUGGUGAUCAGUGGAUGGUUAGGCUGCGACAGAGAGGCUGGUCUAAGAAAGGAAGAAGGAGAACUCAAUUCAAGACAAUGGGAAAUUACUCAGGCUGCCACACGGUGUGUUCUAGGCUUGUGUGGGGGACGAAGAGGGGAGUCAUCGCAUGUGUUUGUGGGACGUGAGAAGACAGGCAAAUACUAUACUCACAGUGGAAGCACAGAUGAGUGGAAUUGGGAGAAUGCAGAGGAAAGAGAAGGACGAAGAAACUAA